AUGAAUACAGCUCAUAAAACAGACGAUGAAAAAAAGGAAUUCUUUGAUUCACCUAAAGAAUUAGAAGAAAAAGUAAAUAUUUUAGUUGAUAUGAUAAAACGUUCUGAGCACUUUGUUGCUUUUACAGGUGCAGGUAUUUCUACUUCUACUGGAAUUCCAGAUUUUAGAAGUGGUAUCAAUACAGUACUUCCAACUGGUCCAGGUGCAUGGGAAAAAUUAGCUUAAAAGACAGGCAGCUCUAAAAGUAAUGUAAAAGUAAGCAUGUCUAAGGCAAUACCAUCUCCUACUCAUAUGUCUCUUGUUGAAUUACAGAGAUAAGGAUAUCUUAAAUUUUUGAUAAGUUAGAAUGUAGAUGGUUUACACAGAAGAAGUGGAUUUUCUACUUACCACUUAGCCGAAUUGCAUGGCAACACAAAUCUAGAAAAAUGCUAGAAGUGUGGCAAAGAAUACAUGAGAGAUUUUAGAGUCAGAACAGCCCAAUAAGUACAUGAUCAUAAAACUGGUAGAAAGUGUGAUAAUUAAUAAUGUAACGGAGAUCUAUAUGACUCUAUUAUAAAUUUUGGUGAAAACCUCCCUGAAAAAGACUAAGAUGAUGGAUUCGUUCAUUCUUAGUUGGCUGAUUUGCAUUUAGUUUUAGGAAGCAGUUUAAGAGUAACUCCUGCAGCUGAUAUGCCUGAAACUACAGCAAAAUUAGGAAAAAAUUUAGUUAUUGUUAAUUUGUAAAAGACUCCUCUUGAUUCUUUAGCUACUCUCAGAAUAAAUGCCAUGUGUGAUGAUGUUAUGAAAAUGGUUAUGAAAAAGCUUAAAAUAGAAAUCCCAGAAUUUAUCUUAGAAAGAAGGAUAGUCCUUUAAAAGGGAGAUAAAAACAGUUUACUUGUUUCUGCAGAAGAUUCAAAUGAAAGUCCUUAUGAAAUAUAUAAAAAAGUUACAAUUGAAUAUGGAAAAGCAAACGAAGCUAAAUAAAAAGCUCCUUUCAAUUUCACCCCCAAGCAAAACCAAUUCACAGUGAGUUUAGGUUUCUAUGAACAUUAUGGAGAGUAAGAAUUCAAAUUAGAUGUUGAUAUGAUAGCUUUACCACUCAAUAAAAAAGUGGUUUACUAAAUAUAAUAUUAAGUUAGUCUCUAAAAAUGGAUAAGCUGCAAACAAAUAUGA